UCCACCCUAGAGCACUUUUUCUCCUACACCUACUUCAAUUGUUCCCAUAAGUCCGGUAACAGAGUCAGAAAACUUUCCAACUAAACACCGAUAAGACUUCAUACAACUUCACAAUACUCCAUACUGUAAUCAUCACAACAGCCAAGGCUACCCAAAAGAAGAGAGUGACGGAGCUCCUAUUUGGCUGCCAGCCUUUUACCUUUCUCUUCACCAUUUAAAACCCGAGACUUCCUGCUUUCCUGGGGUCAUGGAGAAAGUCCAAUACCUCACUCGCUCUGCUAUAAGAAGAGCUUCAACCAUUGAAAUGCCUCAACAAGCACGCCAAAAUCUACAGAACCUAUUUAUAAAUUUCUGUCUCAUUUUAAUAUGUCUCUUGUUGAUCUGCAUCAUUGUGAUGCUUCUCUGAAGUUCUGCUGCAAUCUCCAGUGAUGCAACUUAUUACCAUCAGCUUAAAAUCUGUCAUCCCAUGAAGAAGGGGAAAAAGUACUACAUAACAGACCACUUCCUAAGUAGAAGAAUUUCUUUUGAAAAGGUCAAGAUUCAGGACAAAACAAAUUUUUAGCAAAUGUAUUCACCCGUGGGAUCCUGUAAACAUGAAAAGAGCUUUUAUUUUCAAAAAUUCAAAAUGACUGUAAGUGUGCAUAAUGUAACUGUUGAAUUCAGAAACUUAAAGAGCUUGUAAGUUUCUAUCCCACAUCUUCUCUGAGGAUGAAGUAGGUUUAGUUUUGAAAUUGCACUGCUAACCAGUUCAUUUCACAUAUAAAGCAUUAGCUUCACUCUUGGGGGUAAAUAUAACUUAUAUUGUACUGUAAAAGCCUCUGUGAUGUUUAUUAAAUAUUUUUCAGGUCUUCACCAAGUACCAAAAUAGUCAUUCAAAUGAAGAGUCAUCAUUUGAAAUAGUCUACUGAUUUCUCACAUCUGUUAUCUUAUUAUCUUCAGAACUCUUUGUAGUAACUCCCAUAACCUACAUUAUAAAAUAGAAAUUGUAUUAUUCUUUCUCUGUACUACACUAACAUUUUUUAAAGUUUAUGAGAACCAAGUAGGAAAAGUAGAGCCAUACUCUAACAUAAAUAAAAUUUCUCUUAACCAACUUUUUCAAAGAAUUACAGAAUUCUAGUAUAUGAAGACAAACCAGAAAUCCAUUCUCUGUAGUACAUUAUUAUCAGCAGACAAGAACUACUGGUUAACUUAACAGCUGACAGUAUGAUUAGCCAUAAUUACUAAUACACUAAUAAAAGAGAGUCUAACCUAACUUCAGGCACUGUAGUUGAUCAUCUAAGUAUGUAACUUAAUCACACUAUGUCUCUGAAAUUAUGAAAUCUUAAGACUUUAGGAUGAUUUUAUAAAUUGUCUUCUAUUCUUAAGCUCAGCUUCAAUAUAGGCAAGAAGAAGAAUUUAAAAAAAGAAUAAAAGGAAAAUAUAUUCUUUCAAGCAUUAAAAGAAAUAAAAUUUUGGGUUCCCCAAAAUUAAUUCUUUGAUCACGUUUUGACAUGACCUUUUUGUCCUAUAGUUCAUAAUAGAAUAGAACUAUUUUCCUUAACCUGUCAACCAAAUGGUCAAUACCUAUUUGGUAGGCCAUUCUACCAUGCUAAAUUAUAAACCCAGCAAUAUUAAUCUACAUUUUUUUUUUUUUUGGCUGGAUACACGUUCAAUUUCCUCUCUGAUCACUUAAAAAUACCCUCCAACUCAUAACAGAAGUAAAACUUGGUACUGGAAAAUACAUUCAUUAAUUUGUUAAUUUAACUUGAUUCAGUUUAGAAUUAGGCCUAAAGUAGUUUAUACCUAUACUGCAUAAUCUAGUAAUUUUAACUUCAAUUCAAGACAUAUUACAAAUAUAGCAAUACUAAAAGAGUAGAGAACACAUAAUUUACUGUAUGAUUUGCUAAAAUGUGGUUACUAAACGAAUUUGAGAAGUCAGUACUGACCCUGAUUUAUAAUACAAGUGCAACUAACAGAUUAGUCAGGAAGACACUGUUAUAAAUAUUUUCUGGGUACCUGACAAGUACUAGGGAUGGGGGGGCAGUUUUGAUUUACUGAUAUUUGAGGAACAGACAAAAAAGGAUCUCAUACUGACGGGGAGAUUUCAGCAAAGCCUCAUCUAUAGGCUGGAGAUCCCUACUAUCAACUAGGCGGCUUAUAAAUAAUAAGCAAUACAUUUACAUCACUGGUAUAAUUACUUAUAAAAAAGUAAACAAGUUCUAUAAUUAGCUGCACUGAUAUUAAUAUGUGAAAACCUGAAAUGCUAAAUUCUGUUCCUUUCAUUGUAUUGUUCAUUAUUACAACAUCAAUAUCAAACUAAAAAAUGUGAAGUUAUGGAGUAUUUCCCUAAGUAAAAUAGAAAUAAGUUUUUUGUUUUUCUUUUUGACUUUAAGAGAAAUUAAAAACCUUUUUCUUGAGGAUUACUGUAACUCAGAUUAGAAAGUAGAACAAAAAGACCUAUUCUUUAAAUGGAAAUUAUUUAUUCUGUUUAUCAUUAUAUGUAAAGAGUAAGAUAUAAUAAAACAAUGUAUUUAAAAUUUUUAAA